AUGGGAUUCCGUAUCAUCGCAAAUGACCAAGAUGUUAGAAUUUGUGUCUUCAUGGUUGGGCUUCCAGCAAGAGGGAAGUCGUUUAUAUCGCAAAAGAUUGUUAGGUAUCUUUCAUGGUUAUCUAUAAAGGUCAAGUGUUUUAAUGUCGGGAGUUUCAGGCGACAACUAGGUAUUACUCAGCCUGAUGCUGAAUUCUUUAAUUUUGCAAACCAAGAAUAUGUUAAUAUUAGACGACAAUCUGUUAUCAAUACCAUGGAAAGUAUGUUUCAAUGGUUUGAAGAUGAAAAUGGGACUGUAGCAAUUUUGGAUGGAACUAGUAUUACAUGUGAAAGAAGAACUUGGUUAGUGGAGGAAUGUGAAAAGCACAACAUUCAACCAAUGUUCUUGGAGAGUUGGUCAGACAAUGAAGACUUAAUAAUGGAGAAUGUAAAAGAAAUCAAUACUAAAUCUCCAGAUUAUGCACAUUUAGAUGUAGCAUCGGCAACAAGGGAUUUUAUGAAGAAAAUUGAGUACUACGAGAAGGUUUAUGAGACAUUUGAUUCUGAAAAGGAUGGACAUCUUACUUAUGUCAAGAUGGUAAAUGUCUCAGAUGAAGUGAUAAUUAAUAAGAUUGAAACUUAUUUACAAAGUAGGAUUGUCUUUUAUGUUAUGAAUAUUCGUAUAAAACCGAGAUGCAUCUGGUUAUCUAGGCAUGGUGAAUCAAUCUAUAAUGUGGAGCAAAAAAUUGGAGGUGAUUCAAUACUUUCAGAGAGAGGAUUGGCAUAUGCAAGGAAAUUAAAAGACAUGAUUGAAGAGAACGCUCCUGGCGAGACGUUAACAGUGUGGACCUCUACUUUGAAGAGAACUCAAGAGACUGCACAAUUCUUAUCCUUCAAGAAAUUGCAAUGGAAAGCUCUUGAUGAAUUAGACGCUGGUGUUUGUGAUGGUAUGACAUAUGAAGAAAUUGAAGCUAAAUAUCCAGAAGAUUUUAAGGCUAGAGAUGCAGACAAAUAUGAAUAUAGGUACCGUGGGGGUGAGUCAUACCGAGAUGUUGUUAUACGUUUGGAACCAGUUAUAAUGGAAUUAGAAAGACAGGAAAAUAUAUUGAUAAUAACACAUCAAGCUGUGUUGAGAUGCAUAUACGCAUAUUUUAUGAAUGUUCCACAGGAAGAAUCUCCAUGGAUGGCGAUCCCAUUACAUACUUUGAUGAAAUUGGAACCAAAAGCAUAUGGAACGAAGGUGACUGCUCUUAAGGCUAACAUCCCUGCAGUAAGCACUUACAAGGAGAAGGGUACCAGUCAAGUGGGUGAAAAUACAAAGGAAUCCCAGCUUCACAAUAUACUCAGAAGGGAUUCAGAAGUUGCUUUAUCUAGGUGA